AUGGGCUCGGUCACGUCCGCCCUCAGCAGGACCCGCAACACGCUGGUCAAGGUGGGAUCUGCGCCGCAGCGCGAGCCGGGCACGGACGCGGACUCGGGUCAUGCCGUGCGCACGAGCGUCCGCGGGGUUUUUCCGGGCCGGCGCGGGAAGGCGCGCGCUAAAGCCGCGCUGCCCGAGGCGAAGCCCGCGCAGGACGGAGCGCCGGAGCCGCAAACUCAGAGCACCACAGAGAGCGUGGCUAAUGAAGAUGGGGAAAGCGACAGCAGGCCACAGGCGACAUUUGCACGGUCCAAGUCCCAGAAUUCGUUGUGGAAUCCAGUUUCAGCUGGGACGGAGGUCAACGAACAGUCCAAAGGUCCAUGGAGCAUUCCAGACGACCCUCGCCGCCUGGAGGAGAUACUGGCUGAAGAGUUUCUUCCUACAGACAACCCGGACGCUUCAGAGAAAGCUGCCAUCAGGUUGAGAUGUUUGGUGAAACAGCUGGAGCGAGGUGAAGCGUCUCUCAUCGACCUGAAGAAGAACCUGGAAUAUGCAGCAUCAGUGCUGGAGUCCGUCUACAUCGAAGAGACAAGGCGUUUGGUGGACACGGAGGAUGAGCUCAGCGAUAUCCAGUCGGACUCGGUGCCGUCCGAGGUGCGUGAUUGGCUGGCGUCCACCUUCACGCGGCAGAUGGGUCUGAUGCUGAGGAAGACUGAGGAGAAGCCGAGAUUCCGCAGCAUCGUACACGCCGUGCAGGCCGGGAUAUUUGUAGAGAGGAUGUACAGACGAACCUCCAACAUGGUGGGACUGAGCUACCCAGCAUCCGUCAUCACCGUGCUGAAGCAUGUAGAUAAGUGGUCGUUUGAUGUCUUCGCCCUGAAUGAUUCCAAUGGAGAGCACGCUCUGAAAUUCAUCUUUUACGAGCUUCUCACCAGAUACGACCUCAUCAGCAGGUUCAAGAUCCCCAUAUCAGCUCUGGUGUCGUUUGUGGAAGCUUUGGAAGUGGGUUACAGCAAACAUAAGAACCCGUACCACAACCUCAUCCACGCUGCAGACGUAACACAGACCGUACACUACCUGCUGCUGAAGACUGGCAUGGUGCACUGGUUGACGGAGUUGGAGAUUUUUGCGAUGAUCUUUGCGGCUGCGGUGCACGACUACGAGCACACCGGUACCACCAACAAUUUCCACAUCCAGACCAGAUCAGACACAGCGAUUCUGUACAACGACCGGUCAGUACUGGAGAGCCACCAUGUGAGUGCAGCCUAUCGCCUCCUGCAGGAAGAUGAUGAGAUGAACAUCCUCUACAACCUGUCCAAAGAUGACUGGAGGGAGUUCAGAGCUCUCGUGGUGGAGAUGGUUUUGGCCACGGACAUGUCCUGCCAUUUCCAACAAGUCAAAUCCAUGAAGAACUUCCUCCAGCAGCCUGAGGGGAUUGAUAAACCCAAGGCUCUGUCUCUGGUCUUACACACUGCUGAUAUCAGCCAUCCAGCUAAGAACUGGGACCUGCACCACCGCUGGACCAGCACGCUGCUCGAGGAGUUCUUCUUACAGGGUGAUAAAGAGGCAGAGCUGGGACUGCCCUUCUCACCGCUGUGUGACCGUAAAUCCACCAUGGUGGCCCAGUCUCAAAUCGGGUUCAUCGACUUCAUCGUGGUUCCCACGUUCACCGUCCUGACGGACAUGUCUGAGAAGAUUGUGACGCCGCUCAUCGACGAGGCCACACACUCCAGUCUGGCAGGAUUCCGCAGGUCAAGUCUGAGCAGCAUCUCGGCAGCAGAAUCGAAACAGACGAGCGUGAACAGCCCGGCGACGGAGAGCAGCGCCUCGCACAACGGCUCGCUGCUCGCUGUCGACCUGAAGAACUUUAAAGCCAUCUGGAACGAGCAGGUCCUGCAGAACCGCGAGAGGUGGAAGGCUCGUGCUGCUAAAGAGACGGAGGAGAAGGCCAGACGUGAGGCAGAAGAGAAGGCUCAACAGGAGGCAGGAGGUCAGGAGGGACAAACAGAUGAAGGAACGAAUCGAUCGGGACAAAACAAAGAGGGAUUAGGAGCGGAACCGGAGCCUGGAGGGACAAGUGGUUCAAAACAGACUGAAAAUAAUGAAAACAGUCAGAGCAAUGAGAACAACAAAACACUACACAAUGGUGAGGUGUCGGACGAGGUGACAACACCAGGAAGUGAUAAUGGUGGAGACAAAGCACUUAAAGCCGUGAGCUGA